UCUGCUUCCGCCGCCGUCGCCGCCGCCACCGCGGGCUCCGCCACCUGCCACUGCGCGUUAGGCGGGGGAGGAGUCGGAGGCGGAGAAGAAGGCGGUGGUGGCGGGUGGAGGAUCGAGCGCUGUUCUCGCUCCGGAGCCGCUGCACAGUUCGUCUCCCCGCGUAGAGCUGGUCCAUCUUACGCCAUAGGCCUGCGGCCCGCUCUCCCGAGGAACCGUCCGUCGCCCUCGCUCUGCCGGCUGUGUGUGCGUUUUCCCGAGCUCACCCGAGGCCCGGGCACGCAGUCGCGCUGGGCCCGAUCGGAGCCCCAUUUCCUCAGUGCUUCUCCCCCUAACGAUGCCAGGUCAGGGCCCGCUCUGGCAGUCAGCCUCAGCUGUGGCCUCCCAGAGAUUGCUGCUGUACAUCCUUUUGCGCACAUUCAAAAUGGAAUCUUCUGCAGCUUAUUUACUGUGUGAGUAAAAACUAAGUCACAUCCAAAAUUCCAUUGAACUGGGCACACAAAAACUGCCAUAUAUGUCACAGUUUACUGAAAAAGAGCCAGCAGCAAUGGAUCAAGAAUCCAACAAGGCUGCCUGGCCCAAACCAGCAGGAGGAUAUCAGACAAUCACAGGCAGGAGAUAUGGAAGAAGACAUGCCUAUGUCAGUUUUAAACCUUGUAUGACAAGGCAUGAAAGAAGCUUAGGUCGAGCUGGUGAUGACUAUGAAGUGUUGGAACUAGAUGAUGUUCCAAAGGAAAAUUCCUCAGGUUCCAGUCCAUUGGAUCAAGUUCAGUCUUCUUUACCCAACAAUCCUUUAUUUGAAAAAAGUGAAACAGAAAUUCCCAUUUGUGAUACAGCAUUGAAUCAGACCAUUGAGAGCAGUCCAUCCUUUGCUGCAGUACAACAUAGUGGGGAAGGCAGGGAGACCUUAGGAAGCAGUACAAAUCUUCAUAAUAACUCUGAGGGAGAAUAUACUCCAGCAGCCUGUAAUGCCUCAAGUGUCCAAAAUGGAAUUGCAUUGGUUCAUACUGACUCUCAUGAUCCAGAUGGCAGACAUGGAGAGGAGGAUAAUGACUGUCUUCAGCCAUCUCCAGAAGUUGUGGAAGGUGGUAGAUAUCAGGAAGCUUUGGGCAGUACAAUAUUUGAGUUGGAAAAUGGAGAGGUAGAGGCAAAUACAGGUCUUUUACCACCAGUUCCCGCUUUUAGCUGUGAAAAACGAGAUGAUUUUGAAGAGUUUGAUUCAGCUCCUUUAGUGAAAAGUUCUACUGGUGACAUUGUCAGUCAAACCAAUCAGGAAUUUCAGAGGUCCUCUUCUGAAGAGGAGAUUAUUAGAAAGAAAGAACAAAAUAAUACUAGCCAGGAGAGAAAGAGAGAAAAUUCAACUGAAGAUACAGCCUGUGCUCUGGGGCAUAUUUGCAGUGAACAAAAUACCAGGGAUAGGGACAACAAGCAGGGAAGUUCUCCUGAACAGGUAGUGAGGCCUAAAGUUAGAAAACUGGUAAGUUCAAGCCAGGUGAACCAAGAAUCAGGUUUUAAUAGGCAUGAGGCUAAACAAAGAAGUGUUCAGAGGUGGAGGGAGGCUUUGGAAGUUGAGGAAAAUGGCUCAGAUGACCUCUUGAUAAAAUGUGAUGACUACGAUGGAGAACAUGAUUGUAUGUUCUUGGAUCUACCUUUUGCACGAGUUACACAGAGUGAAACAGAAAAUAACCAAAUAACAUCAGAAAGUGGAGCCACAGCAGGAAGGCAAGGAGUUAUGGAUAACACCUUUUGGAAUGGCUGUGGAGAUUAUUACCAACUGUAUGACAAAGAUGAAGACAGUUCAGAGUGCAGUGAUGGAGAAUGGUCUGCUUCUUUGCCUCAUCGAUUUUCUGGUACAGAAAAAGAUCAGUCCUCAAGUGAUGAAAGUUGGGAGACUCUACCAGGAAAAGAUGAAAAUGAACCUGGACUACACAGUGAUAGCAGUAGUCCUGAAGUAAACCAAGAAUUAUCUCUUCAGGAAGGGGAACAGACAUCCUUGGAAGAGGGAGAAAUUCCUUGGUUGCAGUACAAUGAAGUCAAUGAAAGCAGCAGUGAUGAGGGAAAUGAGCAGGCUAAUGAAUUUGCACAGCCAGAGGCUUUCAUGUUGGAUGGUAACAAUAACCUUGAGGAUGACUCCAGUGUGAGUGAAGAUUUAGAUGUGGACUGGAGUCUGUUUGAUGGCUUUGCGGAUGGAUUAGGAGUUGCUGAAGCUAUUUCUUAUGUGGAUCCUCAGUUCCUCACCUAUAUGGCACUAGAAGAACGCUUAGCCCAGGCUAUGGAGACUGCCCUGGCACAUUUAGAGUCUCUUGCAGUAGAUGUUGAGGUAGCCAAUCCACCAGCCAGUAAGGAGAGCAUUGAUGGUCUUCCAGAGACACUUGUUCUUGAGGAUCACACUGCUAUUGGUCAGGAGCAGUGCUGUCCAAUCUGUUGUAGUGAGUAUAUCAAAGAUGAUAUAGCAACAGAGUUACCCUGCCACCAUUUUUUUCACAAACCUUGUGUCUCAAUUUGGCUGCAGAAGUCAGGAACAUGCCCUGUGUGCCGUCGUCAUUUCCCACCUGCAGUUAUUGAAGCAUCUGCAGCUGCUUCCUCUGAGCCUGGUCACGAUGCCCCACCUUCAAAUGACAGUACUGCAGACGCUCCUUAAACCUUAACACUUGAAUGAGAUCAUUCUAUAAAGUAAAUCUGAAAAUUCCUUCUAAACCUGAUGUGCAAAUAAUUAUAUAUAAAUAUAUUAAAAUGCUAUAUAUAGUCUAUGCCAUAGUUUAGAAAGAGAAUAUUGACCUUUCUAAACUAGUAUAGGUUUGCAGAAAGUACUAACAUUUUCAAGCUGAAUGUUGAAGCAGUACAUCCAGUUUUUUUUUUUAGUUGAAGGUGUUGAUAUUAAUUGUAAAAGUUAAGCUGAUCAUUUGACUCUCUCCAGAAGAAAUAAUUAUCUGUGUGGCACGCGUUACUGGUUUUGUCUGAAUAUUGCCACUAAGUGAUUAUAAUUAGCUCUCCUAUUUGCAUCAAAUGUGAAGACUAUAAUCACAACAGUAGUAAAGUUUGGUUUCAUUGGAAAUAAAAAGAAUUCUAAAGCAUGCUUUUUCAUUGGUCCCUUUGCUUUUGCUACAUCAAAACCUCUUGGUUUAUAAUACUGAGUGGUUUUUUAGGAAGGUGUCUAUAGUCUUCCAUCUUUGUUUAAAAUUAGGACUUCUAAAGAAUUUCAAACUGGCUAAAAUUGUGGCUGAGCAUCACAAAAUUUCAAAAUCUUAUAUGUAACCCCCUGGAAAUGGGUAGGUAGUAAGAUAAAUUAUUUUUUUAAUGUUGGAUGUGCUUAAAGUCAGGUUAGUAAAGCAUAUGAACUAUCUAGUGUGCUCAGCGCCUGGUGAAUUAGAUGGCCUUAUAGAAAUUCUUUCUACUUGGUUAAAAUGAUACUUGAAGGUUCAGAACACCCCUGGCACAUUUGUUUAAUAACUAUUAGGCAUAGUUAUUGUAAGAUGAUUUUGGUUCUGAAAUAUUUUAGAAAGUCUGAAAACAUGCAUAAAGGGUUUUUAACACUCAUUCUAUUGUAUCCUAAAGGAAAAUCUGAAUCCUUAAAAAAACUAUGUUAACUGUUCUGACUUGUAUAAAGCAUAAAAUUGAUGGGGUAUAGGACAAAAUUGAUCAUACCUUUUUUACAACAUAUCUAAACUUUACUAUGUUAUAAUUUAUUUCUUUAAAGUUUCCUGAACAAAUAUUAUUUAUAUCACAUUAUCAGUAUUUGUUUCUUUACACUAAUUUAUUUUGGUAAAAUUAUUCACCUGGAACUAAAAUAAAAAUAAGUAGUUUCAAAUUAAGCCAAAUUAAGCCAUGGCUGAAAAGGAAGUAGAUUAUAUGAUUGCCUAGUGACUGUGUGAACAGAACUUAACAUGUAACACAGCUUCUUUCUUAUUUUCCUUUGUUUAAAGGAGAAAAGAAGAUCCUGACCUCAGAUUUACCCUCUAAAAGAGUUUUCUGUUCAAAAGCUUCUUCUACAAAAGUAAGGAAGUCAGUUUUCCUUAUUCUUUUUAUGGGAAAUUGACCUACAAGGCCAUCUUUGUAAUUACAUAACCCCCAACGAAGACUGCACAGCUUUCUGCUUAGGUGAUCUCAACCAAUAGACAAUUAUGUAUAAACAUGGAUGCAAUAUUUAACUUAUGGAUAUGAUUUGAUAUCAAACACCAGAGAAUGAUGGCUGUUAGAAUACCACAUUUGAGCAAGUAAAAUAGUAAAGCACAUAGUGAGUGUACAUCCAUUUGAGUAGAAAAUUUAUAAUUUAGUUUGGACAUAUAAAAGGAAUAUUUAUGUGGCUUCCCAAAUGCAAAAUUACAUUUAUAUGUGUAAUUUCUCUGAGUAUUUAUAUUCCAUCUCUUUUCUUCAUUCUUAAAAAUAAGUGAAUUUUCACUGUUGUCAUAUUUGAGGCUUAAAUAUAUAGGAAUAUAACACUUGCAUUCUAAUUUUUGCAUAUAUUGUAAAUGUGUCUGGUAUUUACAGCAAAUACUGUGUAUCCUUUUAUGAGUAAAACAAACUGAACAUUGCAUGUAUGUGAUGUGGUGACUUUGUAACUUAGGGGUUCUUUGGGGCUUCUGUGACUUUGGAAAUGCUUACAUUCAGGCCUUAAUGUUGCAUUAGCUGGCAUGUUUUCCUUCUGAUGUACAUAGUCUCUGUUGUAUAAACUAAUCUUUGCUUGUUUUCUACUCUGUGAUCUUUCCACAUCAUAUUUCAUUGAUCAGUUAGUGUCAAGGAGUCAAAUCAGAUUAAAAUGAAUUCUCAUGUGUAUAUUGUGAAAAUUUGUGACUAGUAUGAUUUUGUUUGUUUCUUUUUUGGUUUCCAGAAAUUUGUGGCUAGUGUUUUUUUAUGUUGUUGUUUUUCCCUUUAAGUAAUAUUGAUCAGUUACUGGUUAAACUGACUGCUACAGAUUUCUCUUUAAUAAGCCACACGUUAUAUUUAGGCAGUAUUAAGGGAGCUUGGUUUUUUUCUCCUAGAUAGCAGUUGUCCCAAAGAAAAUAUUUCUUCUUUGCCUGUUAAGAUUUAGCUAUUAUCUGCCAGUUGUUAGGCAGUUUUGGUUCCAAACUCAACCAGCAGCGUUGAGAGCUGAAUUUAAGAUAGCUGUUGUACUUUUUGCUUUCCAUCUGUUUCUGUCCUUCAUUCUUGGCUCUCUGUUACCUAUAAACAGCUGUUAUGAAGGAAGAAAGUUAAAUAAGAGUUGGAUUAUAAAAAUUUUUUAAAAGAAAAUUGAGGUUUUAGGUAUUUUCAUUGUAACAAGCUGAUAAAAGCUGAGGCUGACAAGUUCAGACACCAGAAUAUUGUUUGGUCAGAUUUUGGAUCCUUUUGAAAAAGUUAAGACUACAUGAAGGUAAAUAAGAAAUAAGUAUAAAUAAUAAAAAUGUUUUUUCCCUUACUUCUCUAUUAUAUGUUAAGUUACUUGACCUAAUAAUUUUUCUUUUACAUUUUCUUCUUGUAAUAUAAAUGCUGAUAUUUAAAGAUAGAUCCAUAUGGUUUUCUUUUGUGUUGCUUAAUUGUUUAUCUGUAAGCUAACUCUCAAGAUUAUUUGUGAUCUGGAUUUAUAUAUAAGCUGUUAAAUAUGUAUGAACUGUUCAAAUGGAAUGCAAGUUUUUCAAAAGCCCAGGUCUAAAUGUAAUGAUUGGUUUAUUGUUCUACAACUCCACUCUCAUUUUCUGUAAAUCAUAAACAAUAAACAGGAUAUACUCAGUGGUCAUUUCUAAUAUUUAAUUGGGCAGUCGUAUCACUUCUAUAAUGUAACCCCUGGAGGAUUUAACAUUAAUGGCAAAGGAUACAGCUGUCAAGGAAGUCUGGAGCAGGCUCCCAAGCACAUGAUUUUAUAGUCCUUGAACUGUGAUCUAAGAAGGCCCAGCUGUGUAGAAGUGGCUGGUGGACUUGCUUCUGGAAGGGCUCUGAAGAAGUAGUCCUGCUCUCCCCUGCCCAACCAUCAUAGCAGUCCUGUGUGUUCAGCAGAGCCUGACUUCCACACUAACUCAGGACUGCAGACACCCUCAAAGUUCCAGGAUGGACACCGCCUCGAUUCAGUGGCUUCUCCAAAUCAGGUAUGGCAGUAUUGUCAAAUACUGUUUAGGAGGGCUCCUCAUGCUUUCCAAAAGGUUCAAAAACCUCACCCAUUUCAGAAGGGUAAACUGAGAACCAUCAUAUCUGCAUUAAAUUAGAAAACUGUAAUCACUUUGAUUCUCCCUUAAUAUAAUAAACAUUUUCUAGAAAAAUGCAGUCACAGAAACAGCAAUGGCACACCUCUUUCUAGUGCCAAAAUCCAUUUAUAAUUGUCAUAUAUUUUUGAAGCCACUGCUUCCAGAGUUGGAGUCACUCAGCACUCCCUAUGAGAGAUGGAUUUUGUUGUUAGAAUUGUCACCCAAAUGAUUUUAUAAAUAGCACACAUGUGAAAUUACAUAGAAAGGUCCUGUCUCUUGUGUAUUGCCACCUCUUCAUGUCUUUCUUCAGGCUUCACACUUUUCUCAGAUCUUUCAUGGUAACCAUUCCAGACCAGCCUGGCAUUGGCUCUUUCAGUCCCUCUCUUACAAUAUGGUGCUCAAGCCGUAGCCAGUUUGGCCUGUGGACUGAAGGGUCCUAGGUUCAAUUCCUGGUCAGGGCACAUGCCUGGGUUGUGGGCUCGAUCCCCAAUGGGGGGGCAUGCAGGAGGCAGCCAAUCAAUGAUUCUCUCUCAUCGAUGUUUUAUCUCUUUUUCUCCCUCCCCCUUCCUCUCUGAAAUCAAUAAAAAUUUUAUAUAUAUAUAUAUAUAUAUAUAAAUAAUCUCAGAACUAAACAUGGUUCCUCUGUGGUCUGACUAGAACUGGGUCUAGGAGCAUUACUGCCAAAUUCAGAGUGAUUUUCCUAUGACUGGUCUAUGUUGAUAUUAUUUUCGUUACUGUACAUUACUUGGCAGGCAUAUCACAUUGUUGUCUCUUGUGAACUUUACAGGCAUUGCUGGUAAGUCAAAUCCAUUCCUAAUAAUUACUUAAUUCAUCCUUACUAAGUUUAAUUUAUAAAGGUCCUUAUGACCUCUUGAUUCUUCCUCUUAGCCUGUGUCAGUCCAAUUUUGAUGAAGCAUGCCUUUGGUAUUUAGUGGUGUUGUCCAAAUCAUUGAUAAAUAUUGACCAGAACAGGAUGAAUGCCACUAUAGACUGCCCUCCAGGUGACUUUGAUCCAUUAGUCAGUACUUUGAAUAUAGUUGUUGAAGCAACUACCAGGCACUUUUAUGCUCAUGUUUCUUCAUCUUUCCUAAAACAACACUAAGAAAUUUUAUCAUGUUUGGCCGACAGGCAGAUUACACUGUAUAUGGAAAUAGCCUUGCCUGCUAAAAUUAAGAAAGGAAAUGAAGUUAGCAGGAAAUACCUCAUUCUUAGUGAAACCACCUCCUUUUCCAACUGCUCACAUGCCAUCUCUUUAUUAAUCUGACCUACAAUUUGAUAAGUGAUCAUUGUCAAGUUCAUUUUUCUAAUUUUUAGAGUUUACUUUUUUCCUCUCAAAUAUGUGGUAUUUGAAGUAAUAUGACCUUCACAGGUCACUUAAUCCUCUCUGCUUCUGUUUUCUCUAUAAAGUAACGAAUCUAAAUUACCACUGGUUGGUGCAUGAAUAAAGUUUUUAAUAAA